UGUGAGGGUUAGCCCAGUACACUUGGAGUGGCUCGCGACGGUGUUGUUUUGGCAGUGUUUCCUCAAAGAACAAAAACAGGAGGAUUAACGGAUAUACAAGCGACGUUUGUGUACUUCCUCGGAUAAUAUCACACUAAUGAUGCCCGGUCAAGCGUUGGUGACGGUGGCCAUCGGCCCGCAAAAAUCGUCCGGUUUUGUUUUAAAGAAGAUCAUGAAUAUUCCUCCUCCAAACAUACUGCAGGAUCAAGACGAUGACAUCGAGAAGGAGAAGCAGGGUUUGAUCGUCGAUGGGACGUCCGGCGGCAGCGGCGGUUCGGGUGGCACAGGGGGCGUCUCCGCCUCUCUCACCCCCGCCAUCUGGGACAAAACCAUCCCGUACGACGGCGAGACCUUCCACCUGGAGUACAUGGACCUGGACGAGUUCCUGCUGGAGAACGAGAUUCCCAUCACACUGGAGGAGGAGCUGAGCAAGUGUCCCGAGGCGGAGUGGCGCGGCGGAGACACGCAGGGAUCCUCAGAUGAGCCGCAGAUGCCUGAGGAGGAGUACAGGGACGAUGAAGAGUCUGAGGAUGACUCGGUCUCUGUGACCGUUGAGACGACAGCAGAAGCCAAAGUGGACCCCGACCGCGUGACGCCGACUCCGAUCGACCCGGAGGAGAUCGAGGUGAACGUGGCCUUCCAGCCCGACCCUACAGAUCUGGUCCUGUCCAGCGUUCCCGGAGGAGAGCUCUUCAAUCCACGGAAACACCGCUUCUCUGAGGAAGAGCUCAAACCACAGCCCAUGAUCAAGAAAGCCAAGAAAGUGUUCGUUCCUGAAGAUGCCAAGGAUGAGAAAUACUGGUCGCGGAGGAAUAAGAACAACGUGGCGGCGAAGCGAUCUCGUGAAGCCCGGCGUCUGAAGGAGAACCAGAUCGCCGUCCGCGCCACCUUCCUGGAGCGGGAAAACGCCGCACUACGAAAGGAAGUGGCCGAGCUGCGCAAAGACUGCGGCCGCUGCAAGAAGAUCAUGUCACUGUACGAAGCCAAAUACGGCUCGCUGUGAGGGACACGCUUCACCCCGACACGCAUCAGUCUCUCUAUAAUUCACACCGCAGUUACACGGCCGGGGAUUGUGGGUAAUGUGGCACCGUGUGGGAAGUGGACGAGUAUGACGCGAGCACGUGUUUUUAAGAGGAUGUUUUAAGGGUCUAGAAGACACAAAACACAUGAUAACAGCAUAACCUUUGACCUCCUCAUACCUCAUUCUGCCCUCCACACGACCCCGAUAUGACCCGAGCAGUGAGUUCUUAGAAGUUUAUUCGGUAUGAAAAUGAGAUAAUGCAGCCGACUGGAGAAGUCGCACACAGCAGACGCAAAGUUAGCGUUCAGUGUUUGGUCAUGACUUUUACGACUGUUUUCGGCUCGUUUUUAACCUGUUUCUACCUUUUUGUACUUGACAUGUCAUCGGUGUUUGUGUACAAGAGGUUUUUCGCAGAAAACUAGCGCAUGACCCUUGAUAUGAAGCAAUUAUUUUCUUUAUUCUACAAAAACGAGUGUACUUCGGGCUAUUGCAGUUUGCGAAGAUUUGAAAGAAAGAAAAGUCUGUAAUUAUACGCUUGUAUCCAUCCACCAGUGUCUUUGUUCUUCCAGAAUGACAUUUCUAUUGUGCAGAUUUUUAACACUUUAGCGACUGUGCUGCGAUCAAAUGCAUCUUCACAGCAGUUAACUGGAUGAUUAUUUUAACGCGAGCGUCUGCGCAGGAGUUUAACUGUGAGCGACUUGAUCUGGUUUGUUUUCAGGGUUUGAUCCAGGGCAAUAAUGUGCGAUUCAUCUUUACCUCAGAUUAGAUAUUUCUAACCAGUGUUUGGUUUUUUUAUUUGUUCAUUUAUUUAGAAUAAUUUUUAGUCUGGCAGCUCAGCAUCAGUUAAAAACACAAGCGUAACAAACUUCUGUGUAAAAUGUAAAUGUAAUUUUUUUUUUUAUUCUUACCAAUAACGCAAUCAUCACUGCAUUUUUAAUAAUAAGAAUAAUGCAUUUUUAGAUCGAUUUGUGCAUUGGUAAAACCAUUGUGGCGUGAGCAUGAUUUGAUUUAGUCAGCGACAUUAGCAUAAACAGCAUUAGCGUCACUAGAGUCUCACGUUUAUUGCUGUUUUUCACUGGUUUUCCAAGUUAUUGUAAUUUUAAAUGGUGGAAAAUAAUGUGCUUCCAGUGUUUUUAUGGGUUUUGAUAGAUUGCACUUUUCGUGGUUUGUUUUCAAUGCUGUGCUUACAAUUAAAUUUGUACCAGAUCAACGUUUUACAUUUGUAAUUUGGUUUUAACAGCUAUUUUUUUUUUUUUUUUUUUUACUUUUAUAAAACUUUCCUCAUUUUGUUUCUCUAUAGUUUUUUUAUACAUGCAUACAUAAAAACAACGGGUCUCUAGCACUUAAAGGCGAAUCUAUUGUAAAUUGAGAGUCGUUAGUGCAUGCUGUUGUCAUGGUGACGUUGUGCAGUGGGCGUGUCCUUCUCUUGCAUAUAUAUAUAUUAUCUUUUUUUUUUUUUUUUAACUCUUUCUACUCCUGUUUGAUUUCAUUUUACAAACCAAACAAACUUUCAGGUCAAUCACUGUUUCAAAUGUACAAGAAUGAAGUGUGUGUUUGUUUUAUAGGUCAGUUUUGUGAUUUAAUCUGAAUUGUGACGUUGCGCCUCUGGUUUUUGUUAUUAAUCUGUCACAUAAACUCCAGACUUUGAGUUCUACGUUGGACUCUGUGAAACUGAAAUGUAGCAUUUUGUCUAAAACAUGUAACUUUCAGUAUAUGGAUGGACACUUAAAAAAAAAAAAAAAAAACUUGUUUUAAAGAGUCCUGUUGUUUUUCUAAAGUCAUUUUCCUCUGGUGUAACGCAGUAUGUCAUGACUAUGCUGUAUAAUGCAUAUUAAUAAAGUUGGAUAUCAGUGAUUUGA